AUGUCGACAACUACCACCCUCACGGAUACUACAACCAUCCCUUCCACCUCCUCUGAGCCUCAAUACUAUGGCAGACUCCGCUACAUUCCCCAGGGCCAAACCCCCAACCCAUCGCCGCACAACUUCCACCUGCCUGCCAUGGCCGAGUUUGGCGACGUCCGUCUCCAACCACUCAUUGACAUGCGUCCGGUGCCCACAGUGGCGGAACUCCCAUCCGCCAAAGAAGGCACCGCUCAACUGUCCACCCAUGGCUUCACCGCCAUCAGCCAUCCGACGAGGAUGAAUAUGGCGCCGUACACCCCGGCCAGCUGGAAGGAUCCCAAACUUCUCAAGGAACUGUACGUGCCCGACACGGAGGAAAUGGUCAAGCAGAUCACCGGUGCAAAGACCGUCAUCACCGAGGCCCUCUUGCUACGUAGUGCAGUCUGGACCGAAGAGGAUGCAUUGGCAACUCAUGCCGGCCAUGGCAACAAGGACGGCGAAGGCAAACCAGACGCCAAUGAAAAGACUCCCGAGGAGGAGGAAUUAGAACUGGGCUUCCCGCAGUUCAUUGGCUUUUCACCCAAGCACGGCGGCGCCAGCCCGGCACCCAAAGUCCACCUUGACUAUGCCCCCAACGGUGCCCGUGUGCACCUGCGAAAGUACCACCCGAACAUGACGGCCGUGGCCAAAGACGUCAUCGCCGCCGAGGAGAAGCUGCUGGCCGAGGGUAAGUCGCUUCGCGAGGAGUAUGCGGCAUCGAAGCUGGGCCCUCGCUGGGCACUCUACUCCAUCUGGCGGCCGUUGAAGCGGGUGCAUCGCGAUCCUUUGGCGCUUGGGGACGCCCGCACCUUCCUGGAGGAGGAUUAUGUACCCGUCGUCGUCAAGACGCCUAACCUGGGUGUGCCCGGGGAUACUUCUACCCAUGAGACGGAGAGCUAUCUGGCCCGCUGGUCCCCGGGGCAGAAGUGGUACUUCAUCCCGAAGCAGGAGCCCGAGGAAGUCCUGGUCGUAGGCUUGUUUGACUCGGAUCGUGACAAGGACACCGUCGCUGCAGGAGGGACUCUCCAUAGCAGCGUCGACCUACCUGGAACCGAGAACGAGGAGCCGCGCGAGAGCCUGGAGCUGAGAUGCUUGGCCAUCUGGUAG